GUUUAUUUCGUGUAGGUAACGUUAAUACGCUGUCCUAUUGCGACCCUACUACGUCUGUUCUUGUUUUUGAAUUUUGAAUCCACAUGAGCCCAACUUAUUGUAGUUGUAUGCUUAUUAAUCAAAUAAAGAAUAAAGUUAAAAUAUACGCGUGCACUCGCAGUUGACCGAAGUUCCAAGUGUUUGUUGUUUUGGACGUUUUCUUUCAAUCACCACCAAAGGUCGCGCCAAGAGCUACGCACGCUGAUGAAUACCGUCUAAUAAAUGUUGUGCGUUGGGCUGUAUAGCCGAUGGUAUAACUAAAAAAGGUAAAAAUCCUAACUUUUUCUAUAUUAAAUCAACGUUAGAUAUUAUCAGUAUUCAGUACAUACAAUUUAUUGCUAAGGCUUUGCAUGCAGCUAACCAUUUAAACGUUAAUGCAAAUAGUGCAACUGAAUACAAACAUCACAAACUUUCUGAACGCCUUGUUGAAUUUAUUUAUAUGGUGCAUUUAUUGCCUAUCUACCGCCUAAAUAGCAAUGUUCUCGCAGACCGCAGUUUUAGAACCACCCUGCUAUCUUAUCAAAUAUUACUAGUGGAACUUUUAUCUAUUCUGUGGCCUAUGGCGGAACAUGCAAAUGUAAAUGACUUUAAUAGAUUAUAGAUUAUCAUUCUACGAUUAUGCAGAUUUCAAUAUUGUGAACUCCGAAGAAAAAUUGGAGAGGAAUAACUACAUUACUCAUUGAACGUCGUUCAAAUUUCGAAGAAUAUUUAAUAGAAAUGCCAUUGUUUUAAAUGGAUACAACUGAUAUGAACGAAUGAACGAAAAUAUUAAGUUUAGAAUAUUGCAUUUAGAAAUAGAUAAAAAAAUACUGUAAAAACAAUAUUAAUACAUCGGUAAGUACAUUCAAAUUAUUUUGUUUAAUUGUUUAUGUAUGCCACGUUAGUUAUUCAAUGACAAAUUUCCACUAGAAAUAUUACAAUAUUAGUAUACAAAUCCUAUACAAUUUUAAUUUCAGCAAGUAUUAUGAAUUAUCAAUGUACAUACUGGCUACUUUCCAAUUUGUCAAAACUAAACAAUGUGUUUAAUUAUAUUAUGCAUUUCUAAAAAUUUUCUUUUAAUUUUAUAAUUUGCUUAGACUUUUAGUAGGUCAAAUAAAUUAAAAAUACAAAUUUUGGUAAACUCAUUAAAAUAUGUUAUAAUUAGAGUCCGGAUUUUUAUUAUGUUAAAAUGUGUGUAAUAUGAUGUUUAUAUGCAUCAAAAAUUGAUGAAAUAUUCCCAAAUAUAUUCUUAAUAUUUUCAAAAUAUGAAAAAAAAUUAUUUAUUGUUAUUAAAUUUUUAGAUUCGUAGAUAAUAGAUUCUAUUAUUAUUUAUUGGUGUAUCGUGGCUUGGUGGAUAUAUCAGUAUAAAAAUAUAUUUGCUCAUGAGUUUACAAACAAUUUAUCAUAGUAAAUUACUGAAUCUGUGACUAAAAAUUUAAUAAUAUUUCUGUAAUAUAAUCCAAUAAAGCGGAAAUAUGCUAAAAUAAUCCAAAAUAUUUUCCAAAGUCAAAAUAUGCACUCAUAUGUAAAGAAAACUUUAUAAUGAUUCUAUAGGUUAUGAAAUUCAAACAUUUCUUACUCCCAUCAAACAACAUACAUUUGUUUAACAUGUUUUUGACAUAUUUUAUUUUAACAUAUAAAUUGGGAGUCUAGUUAUAAUCUAACAUUGUAACCUUUAAACUAUUAAUUUUAAUAAAGCUUUUAAAUAAUUUUAGAUAAUAUGGAUUCAAUUAAGUCAGCAUUAGAUAGUGUGGCUGCCGAUAAAGGUCGUAUUAAUGGAAGUCUUCAUUAUAUACGUUCUACUAUCGCUAAGCAACCUAAUAUGAAAGAUGAGCUAAGGAAUCAUGGUGGUAUCAAAAUACUUGUUAAAUGUUUAAACCAAGUAAACCCUAAAGUAUUAUCAUUAACUUUAAGCAUUCUGGGUGAUUGCAGUAUGAAUGAAGGGUGUCGGAUUGAGGUAGUAUUACUAAUAGCUAUUAUUUAUUUAUUUAUUUAUUAACAUUUUUAAUUUUCUGUUACAGUUAUUAGGAUAUGAUGUUAUCAAAAACCUGUGUUUCAUAAUGAAAAAUAUAAAUGUUGAUACAAUUAACAAUCGUACAUGCCGUAUAAUUGCUAAUCUUACUGCAUCUCAAAAUUGUAUUCCAGUUAUGUAUAGACACAAUAUUCCCAGUAUAAUUGUAAAAGUAUUAUCAAAUACUAAGUGUGAGACUGCUACAAGAUAUUCGGCAAUUCGUGCACUAAGGUAAAGUUUUAGAUUCUGUGUGUAUCUAGGAAUAUGUUGGUUUUACAAUAUUGUGUCUUUUUUUUCGUACACAGAUUGAUAUUUUUAUCAUGAAUCAGCAAUUAUCUUGGAGAAUUCUACUGAAUUUGAUUUCUAUUUUUUCUAAUCAUUAUGAAAUUGUUUAUGCUUUAUUUUGAAAUCAUUUUAAAUUUUUACCUCUAUUCAAUAUACUUUAAAUAAGUACAUAUUUUUGAUUUUCAAAUAGGAACCCCACUUUUGAACAAAGAUUUGAAUAGAGAAUAUUUUUCUAGAAAUUAUUAAGGAGUAUGGGAGGAUUAUAACCCUACUAUAGAUAGGCAAUUUAUUGCCCUUUCCUACUCUUUGGUCUAAACUUUAAACUGUUAUAACUCGUAAGCGGUAAAUUUGAUAUUAGUGUUAUGCAUAUCAAAAUUUCUAGAAAAAUAUUCUUUAUUAAAAUCUGUAUUCAAAAAGGAGAGUUCCUAUUUAAAAAUUAAAAAUAUAUCCUUAUUAAAGUAUAUAAAGUAGGGGUAAUAAAAUUAAAAAUAGUUUUAUAAUAAAGCUUAAAAAAUUACAUAAUGAUUAAAAAAAAAAAAAACAGAAAUCAAAUUCAGUUUAAAUCCUUUGAGAUAAUUGCUGGUUCAUAAUAAAAAAAUCACCCUGUAUACACACAUUUUUUUUCCAAAAUCUUGUGCUGUUUUUAUAUGGUAUCUAUUUUGUUUAUUGCCCAUGUAGGUUUCAUAAUAAUAUUGGAAAAAAUGUAAGCUAUAAUGAUUUCUAUCAUUUUUGUUUUUUAGUUUUAUAUUUGUGAUUCAGUUAAAAACAAUCAUAUAGACCUAAAACUUUCAUUAAAAUCUUAUAUUAAAACUUUCCAAGUGUAGUAAAAUUAUCUAAAUAUUAUGGUUUUUGAAUUUGUAUAGCUAUUUGAAAUUUUUAAUUUAUUUAGUUUUUAUUUGGUUUUAUGUCAUAAAUAUUAUUAUGUGUUAAUAUUUUAGAGUGAAGUAAGAACAACAGAUGUUUCUAUUUUUUUAACAUUUUUAUAAUGUAUACAGGUACCACCUUAAUUUUAAAACUAAAUCAAGAGUCAAAUUUUUUUCUAAAAUAUAUAUUUUAUUAUUAAUUCAUUUAUUAAGAUUUUUUUAUUAUUCAUAUUCAUUAAAUAAAAAAAUCUUAAUUUUUAAGUAAAUCUCUUAAUAUUUAAACUACAAUUUUUAAUUUUAAUGCAAAAUUCGUUAUUCAUUUUGUACAAGACCAUCAAUAUCAGGCUGAAUGGAACUUAUUUUUACUCGUAAAUCACAUUGAAUAUCGAGCUUACUUCUGUGCUUAUUUUAUACAGUACAGCAAUUUAAAAAAUUCACUCUCGUACAAAUAAGUAGUGAUAAAUGUAGUUAAACAUUGUUAUGCUUGCUUAAAAAGAGAUGAGUAUUCAAUUUUUGUUGACAUUCUAAAUGAAACUAAUGUUUUGUCUUUAAAUGCGUCUCACUAAUCUGUCUCACUAUUGAGCUGUCACUAAUCAUAUCAAUGACCAAUUUUUUGUCUUAGGGUUUCUAAUCCAAUUUUUCUUUGAGUAAUCUUUUGAAAAUUUGGUCUUAAGUAUUCCAAGAUAUCAGCAUUUAAAUUUUCCUUCAGGGAGAGUUCAUUUUCAUCAAUGAAUGAGGCAAGAAUAGAAAAUGCAGAGAUGUCUUUCUUUUUUUAUUAAGAUUUAUUUAUCAUAAAUUUUAAUAAUAUUAUAUCAUAAAUGAAAAAUAAUUUCAUACUUGUGCCUUGUAAUCACACAUUUAAAGUGUUAAGUUUAUCAAAAAUAUCAGUCAAGUAGGCUAAUCUAGAUAACCAUUCUUCAUAUAAUUUUCAUUCAAAAACAAAAGAACUUCAGAUCUCAGCUCAAACAAUCUUUUUAAAAUCUUGCCACAAGAUAACCAUCUCAUGUCAGUUUUGAAAAGCAAAGUAUUAAGUUGUCCUUCCAUUUCUUCGCAUAACAGUUUGAGCAGUCGAGAAUUAAAGGUGGCUCUAGCCUUAAUUAAGUUUAUGACCCUUAUAACGCAUUUCAAAGCAAAGACUAGUUGAUGAGGCAUAUUUUUGGAAGCCAAAGCGCUUCUCUAUGCAUUGCACAAUAUGUGCUUUUACAAUAAGGUGCAACCUUCUGUAUUUUCAUUGCUAAUUCUGUCAAUUUUCCACAUAUAGCUUGGGCUCUGUCUGUACAAAUUCCAACACAUUUUUCCAGGUCAAAUCUAUGGUUGACAAAUAAUUGUUGAUUAUUUUGAAAAUAUUUUCAGCAUUAAUAUUUGACUCAAGUGGUUUACAAAACAAAUCCUUUUCAUUUAAUUCAUUAUUAAAAUCAAUAUGAAUGAAGACAAGUAGUUGUGUUAUAUGUGUUAUAUCUGUACUCUUGUUUACUUGGAGAGAAAAAUUCGAACACAUUUUUAAUUGAGUAGCCAAUAUUUGAAGCCAUAGUAUCAAUUCUUCUUUUAACAGAUUUAUUUGAUAGUAGAAUUUUAUCCAAUUCUUUAGCUGCUUUUCUCUUAAAACUAUUUAUACCAUAUAUUUUGCUGCUGGUAAUAUUGGCAUUUCACCGAUAUUUGAGAUUAUGAACUAAAGAAGUGCAGACUUGGCAGAUUGUAGAUUUCACUACUUUUUGAUAGGCUGAUUUUUUUGUUAGGGAGUUUGGAACUGGGCCUUUUUUACUAUUAGGUUUUUGUUGAGUUAAUUUUGUUAGGUAUCUCUCUCCUUUGAAGUAGAUUCACAGGGCACCACUUUUUUAGUCAUUUUAGUCAUUUUUGAGCUAUUAAUAUUUAUUUAAAUUUUGCGAGUUUUUUUUUAUGUUAUUUUUAAUUGUUAGGUAUUUAGUGGAUAAAAUUGUUAAACCAAACAGAAAUGCUUAAAAAUUUAACAGGAUGUUCAUUAUAAGUUGUACUUUGUGGUUAAAAAUUAAAAGUAGACAGUAAUGUAGGUCAAAAUAGUUUUUCAUUACCAAUGGUUUAUUGUUGUAACAAAUAUAAAUAUAAUAACUUGAUUGUAUUCUACCUAGCUAACUUCAUACCUACAACAGUGAGGAGCUUCUCAUCAGCUACCAGCUCUUUUUUUUUUAAAUAAUAUUUCAUCAAGUCAAAUAAAAAUUUUAAAUUUAUUUACUUUCAUUCUAGAAAAAUAUGGGAAAAUUCAUCAUGUAACGGCUGUAAAGAAAUGCUGAAUUGUAGAGCUGUUAGAGUUGUAUCUGAAUUCCUGACAACAAAAAAUAAAGACAUUCUCUUAGCAGUUUUGCAAGCUCUAAUUUCCUUUUUGUCAAAUCCCGCAAGUUCAAAAAAUUGUGCAGAUCAUUCAUCAGUUAUAUUAGGGGUUAAUGUUAAAUAUAAAUACAUAAUUUUUGUAUUUAUUAUAAAUAAUUAUUCCAUUAUUAUUUUAGAUCAUAGGCAGUACUGCUAGUGAACAAAUGAAUACUAUAAAUACUUUAGUAUAUUUAUUACCUGAUCACGAAAUUGUUAGCAAAAUAAUAUACUUAAUGUGUAGAAAUAAUACAGUUAGACCUGAGUUGGCUAAUACUUGCUUAAUAAAUCAUAUUAUUGAAUUUUUAAAAAAAGGUUAUGAUCACUGUAAGUAAUAUAUAAAUAAUAACAAAACAAUACAUUAUUUAAAAUGAUUUGUUUUCAAUUGAAAUGUAUAUUAUUAAUUUUUUUUGUAUUAAUUUAGAUUUGAUACAAGCAAUGUGUCACUUGUUAAAAUGUCCACAUAAUCGAUUAAGAUUUUCCAGACUAGAACAUGGAAUAAACAUUUUUAUAGAUUUAUUGUGUAAUAAAGAUCCAGUUCCAAAAAAAUUAGCAUUACAUACUUUAAUAUAUUUUCAAUACUCCAAUAUAUUAUUAAAAGUAAGUAUUGUUAAAAUUAUUAUUAUUAUUUUAUAGUUUCUAUUAUUAAAUUUCCUCUUAGAUCAUCAGCCUCUACUACCAUCUGUCGUACAACUUUGUCUUCAGUUUUCCUUAUAUGAUGCUUGUCUUCCUGUCAAACCCUCGUCUUAACACUUCCACAUAUUUUCUUACUAAAUUCUCAUCUCAAACAUGGUCUUAUAAGUAGUCUAUUACCAAUAAGAUUUUUUCCAAACUUUAAAUGUACUAAUGAAUUUUAUUUUAACAAUACAUUAUUUGUUUAGCGGUAAUUUAAUAGUACUCCUCUACUCUCCCUUUACCCAAAUCUAAAAGUAGAAUAUCUUGUUCAUGGUUUGACAAAAAUUUGUAAUUUUAACACCAAAAUGUAUAUUAACUAAAACUUAAUGUACUAAUGGAAUUUUAGAUUUUGAGUGGAGUGAGGAAUGUAUUGGUUUAACAAUGUUUAUACUAUAAACAAAUUUUACCAGAUAUCUUGCUCCAAAGUAUCAAAUGUAGCCCCUUUUAUUAAGGUAUAGUUAGCAGCACACAACUUAAAAAGUUAUCAGCGUUAUCAGCUAAUAAUCAUGUCUAACAAAUUUUUUGAAUUUAUUUGAUAAGUGUCUAUGAUAGCUGUGCUGCUAACUUAAGGCUUAAAAAUAAUUGUGAAGACUUAACAUUUCACAGAAUACUUUUAUUACCUAUUUUUAAACUAUUUUCAUUGCAAAAUGUAAUUUAUAUAUUUAUAUUUAGUAUGGGAAACUUAUCAUUUUAACAUCAGUACAUUCAGUUGAUAAAUUAUUUUGUAAAAUAUUUGUAUUUUAUUAAUAUUAUUCAGUUUUUACUAUUCAUAAAAUGUAUGUUAUUAAUAUAUAUUUUUAUUUUUGAUAAAAUAGAAUCAUUUAUUUGUGUUAUGUUAUCAAUAAUAUAGUCAUGUACUCUGUAUAUGAUUUUCUUAUUUUUUUCUUAUAGAAAUACAUUUGUUUUAUUUCAGGCAUUGAUAAAAAAAAACUUAAUUCCUCUGUUAAUUAAAGAUUUAUCUUUAUAUGUAAAAUCAAACAAAGUACUACAUGUUCGUGAAGAUGAAUCAAAAGUUCAAUCAUUUAAUACUAAUUCAUCACCAUCCAUUUGUACUUCUCCAGCAAGAACAUCUUCUAUGAGUCCGAUCACUUCUAAUAAAACGACCUAUUCACCUCUAAAAGAUGACAAUAUUACUACCAACACAAAUUCACCAGAUUACUCACCAGUGUGUGAAUCAUUUGAUACCGAAUCUGUUAAUGCUGAUGAAUCUAAAUCUGACAUCAGUGAUAUUAUUGAGGUCAGAUGAAAUGCACAAUAUAAAUUAAAAUACUUGUUAUGUUUUUAUCUUAAUUCUAUUAUUAAUAUAAUUUACUUAUUUUAGGAAGAAAUAUUUGUAGAAUUACCUAAUACAUAUGUGAGUUUAACCAGAGGAGGUAUUAUAAUAGAAGCAUUAACAAAUAUAAUUUAUGCACAAAAUAUUAGUGAGUUGUUAGCUAGUAAAGAUGUAUGGGAAACAAUGUUUGACUAUAUUGAUUAUAUCAAAGAUGAGGACAUCAAUACUAAUGUAGUAAAGAUAUUAGAUAAGAUUACUUGGUACACUAUUCUUAAAACAGAAAUUUAAAAAAAAUAUAUUGUACAAAUAUUUUUAUAUUUUAUAGUGAAGUGCAGAAUUUUAAAGGUAUUCUAAUUGAUGGAUUCAUUUUAUCAGUACAUCAAAGAAUGUGUAGACCUAUUCAUGACUUGGAUAAGUGCAAAACUUGUGUACUUAAAAAUGUAAUAGGCAUAAAGAUAAUUACAAAUGCUUCUAAUACCUUUCAGUCAAAAUUUGCAGAAGAUAUGAUGAUUAGUAAAAUGAUUGAACCAGACACAUCUGAUACUAAUCAAAAACUAAAAACAUUAAUUUCUGUUACUGCUCCCCUUGUUAUUCAAACGUAAGUUAUCAUAUCUUUUUUUUAAAAAAAAACCUAAUUCAAAGUUUAAAUAAAUGCUUCUAGUGACCUAGUGAAAACUAUUUCAAAUUGUGUUGAAAUAAUUUUUUACAUCAUGGUUACAUAUUGAAUAAAGUACUGAACAAAAAAUAUACAACUCCAUAAAGUUAAAAAUAUUUUAUUAUUUAUUUAUUUAAACUAAUGUGCAUAUGCAAUAUAAAAAAGAUGAUUCAAACCACUAAAUUUUUUGGGUACUGACUACUGGGUUAUGAAAUUUGAACUUUUUUAAAUUAUUUUUUUACUUAGUAAUACAUAUUUGUAUUGUCUCAGCAUUUUUACAAAAUUCUUUUGUGAGAAAUGAAACAAUGUUUAUUAUUACUAUUAUUAUUACUAAUUACCCCAUCUUGACCACAGAUUAUUAUUUAUUCAUGAAUUUUAGUAUUUGUGUCAAUAGAUUCUCUUGAAAAUGUACACAAUCAAUAGAUAUGUAAUGGAUAAUUAUUUUUAAUAUAGGUAUGGAAUAAGAACAUUUAAUAGACACUUUGGAUGAUAUUUUUUUUUUUUCUAUUAUAAUGAAAAUUGAAUUAUUAGGGUUGAGUAUUAUGUAUAUAUGUAGUUCUUGUUCAAUUUUAAUAUUUCUGAUAGCAUUUCACAACAAAUAUAAUUUUGAGUUUUUCUCUGCAGUUUUACUGGAUGUAUUUAAGUUCAAAAUACUUUUCUUCUCCCAAGAGUAAUAUUUAAUAAUCUAGUUAUUUAAUUAAAUUUAAUCUAGUUAUAACUGAUAUAUUGAACUAAUGGUCUAACAUAGAAAUUUUAUUUUUUAGCCGCCCAAAACAAUUGAUUGAAAUGUUAUGUCGUUACAAAGUAUAUACUAAUUUAUGUAACAUAAUUCUUGAUGACCAAAAUCCAUCGUUUGGUGAUGCUGUUGGAGCUAUAAUGAGUUUAUUUAAAACAUUAAAAAUAAUUUACAAAAAACCACAUUAUGAACGUUGUAGAAGCAAUCAAAAAUGCCGGAAUCGUGUUUUUCCAAAAAAAACUACUGUGACAUUGGUCAUGGAUGAUGGAACAUUGAUUAAUGCAAAUAAAUCAUUUUUAUCAUUAAAAUCACCAAUGUUUGAGGCUAUGUUUCGAUGUGGAGGUUUUAAAGAAGCAUAUGAAAAUACUAUACGUUUGAAUGAUAUAACGUCUGAAUGUUUCAAUUGUCUUCUGCGUCUACUUGAUGAUUAUUGUGAAUGUAAAUUGCCCACAAAUAUCAAUGUGUUCUUAGAAUUGAUAAUAAUCACAGACAAAUACAUGUUGAAUGAACUAUUUGACCGAAUAUAUCCAGCAUUUAUGAAAUAUAUGUCUGUGGAAAAUUGUAGUAUAAUAUACGAAUGGGUAAAAAAAACAGGUUUCCGAUUACAAAUUAAUCCCAGUGCUGAUUUUGAAGUUAUUAAAUACUUGUUACACUCAAAUUCAAAAUUCUCUGACCGUGUAAAAGCUAUUCAAGAUAUCACUAGGAAUGAUUAUGGACAACAUUUCAUUGAUGAUUUAUCAAUCAUAUUGAAACCUGGAUUGGAAUGCUCUAUAUAUGGUGAUCAUAACGCAACUUCAUCAUUAUUUUAUCUAAGCCACUUUCCGAACGCUUUAGAAACUUUAAAAAUGACCUAAGCAUAUAUAAGAUUUACUCGAUAAUUUAAAAUGGUUAAUAUUUAGCCAUUUCAAAUUAAUAUUAACAUCUAUUACAUGACACCCUAAGGUAUUGUGUUUAUAUUAUUCUUAUUAUAUUAAUUAUUAUUAUUGUAAUUAGUUUUUAAUGUUAAAUAUUAAAGACUAGAAAUAUUUCAGUAUAAUUACUAAUUAAUAUUGGUCAUUUAUUGUUAAUGUUCUUAAUGAAUAAAUUUUACUCAAACAACAUCUAUUCAUAUUGUUAAUGUUCAGUGCUUGAAUUUGAUAACUCGCUUGUCUACAGCAUAAACAAAUAUGAACUGAAAAAUUAUUUUCUGUCAAGCUAAUAUCAAUAUUAUUAACGUUAAUGUCAGAUAUGUGGCUGCUUUCUGAAAUCAAGUGAAAAGAAAAAUUGAAAAAAUAUAAUUGUACACUAUAAUUGAACAAUUUACCAUUUGAUUCUAAAUGCAUUAAAUUCAUUUUUAGAUUAUAAUCUUUGGUUUUCAUCAAGUCCUUGUACAUUUUGAUUGCUUCUUCAUAAUUUGGUGGUGCUUCAUAAUCUGGUGGUGGUUCAUCAAUUAAAUAAUUUGAAUGUACUCCUAUUUCUGAAGCUGGGCUAUGAUCUUCCAGUUGAAGUCCUUCCACUUGAUAAGCAAAUACCACACACAUUUAAUACUGGUCAAAAAUUAUGAUGUAUAUUCUUACAGAGUAAUUGACUGAUUGAUAUGAGUCGAUUAUGGAAAUUUGUUUGGAAGUGAUAAUGCGUAGUAAUUUUGUAAACUGCCAAUAGUAUUAUUAUUAAAAAUACUAUAAAACCUGCAAUUAUUGAGAAAACUUUAUUAUAUUAUAACUUAAUACCUAUCCGAAAAUGAAAAUUAUUUUUUUUGUUUAUUUUAAUGUACACUUAAAUUUAGAUUUUACUGUCUUUAAGUACUUUAAUUACAUAAUCUAAUUCAAUUCAUGUGAUUAUUUUAGUGUUUAUACAUCCUAGCUUAGAUUUUAGAUAGGUAUAUUUUAAAGUAAACCAAUAAAUGUUUUUGAUUAUUAAAAUUAUUUACUUGAAUUCAAAUUUAAACUAAUUAUACAUACCUAUAAAACACCCUAUAAGGAUGUGAUACCGUUUUGAGUAUAAUGUGCUGUUUGGAAAAUAAUAGUUGGACUUGUAUGCAUACCAGCUUUUAUCCGUGUAUUCUGCUGAUUCUCUGUCUGACCAUGAAACCAUUUAAAUUAAUUUCAUAACGACAGAUAUUACAUAAAUGUAUGUCUAAAAUUAAUUAUUGGUAGACUGGCCAAGAGUGCUAGGGUAUGGUUAUGCCAUUAAAUGGGCAAUAUAUGCAAUUCGCAUCUAC